GCGCGGCGGCAGCAGCGGCGCUGGCGCUGCUUCUUAAGCCGGGCUCUUUGGGCAGCGCUGCCCUCUCUCCGCGCCGGCUCGUCUGCUCCAUGAGGCUGCGGCGAUGGAGGAAAACCCGGAGCCCGGCAAAGGCGCCCCCCAGCAGCGCGGCGCUUCCGACGAAGACGAAGUUUUGCUCUCGGGCGACUUCUGCCUCGUCCCGGCUCAGAAGCCCAACUAUGCCCUGAGUCUCACCCGCCGCGCCGAGCUGCAGAUGCGCCGGCUGGACUCGGCGGCUGCCCCGGACAGCAGCCUCACGGCGGCGCUCAGCCUCUUGGAUUGCAUCGGCUGCUACGCUUUCCAGAGCAAGGGCGCUCCGCAGCCGGCGGCCGCCUACUUCACCGUCUUCUGCUACCCCUUCAAGAAGGGCUGGUGGGAUUCCGGCGAGUCCAGGCAGAGAGUGGCCAAGACCUUCUGCGUCUUGGCGUCGGGGGACGCCGAGGAGAACCGGAGAGUCGCCGAGUCCUGGGCUAGGACGAUUCGGGAACUUUCAGUCCCCCGGAACCCCAAACUGGAAGGAGCAAUCUAUGGGCUCCUCCCUCGGCCCUGCCAGGUGAUGGUAUUGCUCAACCCACAGAGCGGGUCAGGCCGGGCACUGAAUUUAUUCAAGUCCCAAGUCCAGCCGAUGCUGACGGAAGCCAACAUAGGAUUCACCUUGUUUAUAACAAAGAAGAAGAACCAUGCUUGGGAUCUGGUGAAGGAGGAGAACAUGUCCAGGUGGGAUGCUGUGGUUGCUAUGGCUGGCGAUGGCUUGCUCUAUGAGGUGAUCAACGGACUGAUGGAGCGUCCCGACUGGAAGUCUGUUAUCCAGAAGCCUCUCUGCAUCCUCCCAGGGGGCUCUGGGAAUGCCUUGGCUGCUUCUCUCAAUCACUACGCUAGACAGGGCUGCUACAGCAAGGAGCUGCUGCUAAUGAACUGCACUUACUUCCUAUGCAAAGGCCUGCAUGCUCCCAUGGACCUGGUGUCUCUGCACACGGCCUCAGGCAAGCGACUCUUCUCCUUUCUUAGCUUUGGCUGGGGUUUUGUGUCUGACGUGGACAUUGCCAGUGAGAGGUUCCGUAAACUAGGCAGCGCCCGCUUCACUGUGGGCACAUUCCAGCUCCUGACCACCCUCCAAGUCUACAAGGGCCGCCUCUCGUACCUGCCAGCUGAAGAGCGAAGCCCCACCGCAGGCUCCUUGUCCCCUACGGAGGAACAGAGCUGCUCAUCGGCGCAAGACGCUCGCCAAGGCUGCUUCGGCAAAGGGAAGUCUCCGGUUCACAUCCUUCCUCCCUCUGGGCCUCCGCUCCCCAGUGAGGGCUCUGUGCUUGAGGACUCCUUGCUGGUACCCUUUGAGCAGCCAGUUCCCAAACACUGGACUGUAGCACCCGAGGAGGAGUUUGUCUCUAUUAUUGGCAUCCAUCAGUCCCACCUGGGGGCAGACUUAGUUCUGGCCCCCACAGCCAAGCUGUACGACGAUGCUAUCCAUCUCUUCUACGUCAGCGCUGGGGUCUCCCGGAUGGCAAUGGUCAGGUUCUUCUUGGCCAUGGAUAAAGGGAACCACCUGAGCCUCAACAGCCCCUAUCUCCACUACGUGCCUGUGGAAGCCUUCCGGCUUGAGCCCCUUGAGCCCAAGGGCUUCAUGACAGUGGAUGGCGAAGUGUUGGCAUGUGAGCCAGUACAAGGCCAAAUCCACAGGCGGCUCGCCCAUGUUAUCAGUAGCCCCUGAGGGGCCUUUCAGAAAGGAGCAGCGAUGCCAACAGCAGGAGCAAAGGGCUUUGCAGCGCUGGGAAUUACGAGGGGUUCCCAAAAGCUGCACCCAUUCCAAGACAUCAGCACCAUCUCCGCUAGUGAGAAUUCUCAGGGGCAACUUGGGCUUUCAGAGCAACUGUUUAAUUACAAGGUGAAUGAUGGCUGAGCCUGCCUUGUGCUAGAGCAUCUUGCAAGUCUGCUCUCAGCUGUUGUGUAGCAGAAAAGGCAGCUUUCGAAUGUUCUUACUCUGCAGAGCCCUAAGGGAGAGAAAGUAGGUCUCCAAAUCAAACCAAAGCCAGCUCCUCUGCAAGACUGUUUUGCCCAUCUUCCCAAGAUCAAACCCUUCAUGCAAAGCAGCUGAAGCAGAGGACAACAUGACAUCGUCCCAAUGCAGUGGCUGCCUAGAUAAAAAUGGCUCAAUCCCAUUGUUUGUAAAGAGGUUUUUUGGGGGGGGGCGGGGGCAGGGCGGGGGUGAAAUCCUGCCCCAAAUUUUAGUUCGUAGCAAAUUAUAUUCUUAUGAAGAGAUGAAAUAAAUAUCUACCUUCUUCAAAAAAAAGAAAGAAAGCUAUAAAUGGCAAUUAAAGAUGGUUCAGUUAAGAGUGAUGCCAACUGUAACUUUGCUGCUGCAAGGCCUGGGUUGCUCUGUAUUUAAUGAAAUGGGAAGUACUUCUUAAGAUCCCUUAAUCCAA